AUGUGUGGUGGACCCUCCCCAUACGCGCGCGACACCCAGUCGUCAAGCCCGACGUCUCCCAGCUUCGCGGCUAGCCACCUACCGGCUCGCGAUUCCGACGAUGAAGAGUACAAUGCUCAUGAAACGAGUGACACAGAGUUCGACAACACCAUCGAGCAUGACCACCUUGGCAGCAGGCCUGGCAGCGCUGGUAGCCACGGCGACCUGGCCAACAACGGGAACCACUCGACAGACGCAGAGAUUGAAGAGGGCAUGCUUCUCAGAGAUAUGCCCAAAAAGACGACAUUCUACGACGCCGUAACCGAGCGCCAGAUGACUCAGACAGACGCCAAGCUGUUCUAUCAACGAAGCCAGGUCGAGAGAAACCAGAUUCCUACAGACGGCCACGCUACUCCCACUGGCAGCCCAUUCAUCGCGCCAGGCCACGGUCACGGCGCUGGAACAAGGCACAUCCCUACGGACUCUUCCCAGAGCGCCAUCCUGUCUCCCGAGUCCACGAUGGGCACCGGGCUUAAGGCCGGCCCUGCCAAUGAUCCUCUGAUCGAGGCCUCGCUACGGCAAAAGAUGCCGAGACUGUCUGGCAGCUAUAGUCAUACUCGGACUGUUACCGGCAGCUCGCCAUUGCCGGGGAGGAUGAACCAGGCUGCUCAGCGGGAGACGUUGCUGAACACUGGCAUGGUCUCUGGUAUUGGAAGCAGUACUUAUAUGGACACAGACCCUCAGAUCACUGCUGAGCUUACCGGCAUCUUUCAGGGCGUUCAGAAGAUCAUUGAUCUUCGGCAAAAGUACAUCAAUCUGUCUCUCCAAGGGCCGCAUGAUAACCCUAAGGAUGAUCCUAGCUGGGUCAUCUAUCCUCCUCCCCCGGGCCCGGCUUGGAGCGCAGGAAACAGCCUAGCGAACAGCAUGAUACUGAAUAACGACAAGCACGAAGGGUCCUCUGGCACCCCAUACAAGUGGACGGGUAAGAGGCGCAAACCUGGGCAGGAUAUUGGCGAGGAUUUUGUGCUUGAGGACUUGUUGCCUGUGCCUGGUUCGGAUGACUUUACGUAUAAACUGGAUGAAAAUGGUGUUUACCAGAUCUACAGCAACGACCAGGACAAAGAGGCCGAUCAGCCAGCUAUCAAGAUCCCAACCUUGAGGGAGUAUUACUUGGAUCUGGAAGCCAUCCUGUUCGUCUCCUCGGACGGACCUAGCAAGAGCUUUGCCUUCAGACGUCUUCAGUACCUCGAGAAGCGGUUCGAUCUUUAUGUGCUUUUGGAAGGAUACGAUGAGACGGCCGACUGCAAGAAGGUGCCCCAUCGUGAUUUCUAUAACGUCAGAAAGGUUGACACCCACGUUCACCACUCGGCCUGCAUGAACCAGAAGCAUCUCUUGCGUUUUAUCAAGAGUAAGAUCAAGAAGUAUCCGGACGAGAUUGUGCUUUACAGAGAUGGCAAGUACCUGACACUAGCGGAGGUAUUCGAGAGUCUCAACCUCACAGCCUACGAUCUCAGUAUCGACACGCUGGAUAUGCAUGCUCACACGGAUUCGUUCCACCGCUUCGACAAGUUCAACCUCAAGUAUAACCCAAUCGGCGAGUCGCGUUUGCGUACCAUCUUUCUCAAGACCGAUAACUUUAUCAACGGACGCUACCUGGCCGAAAUCACCAAGGAAGUCAUUGCGGAUCUGGAGUCUAGCAAAUACCAGAUGGUUGAGUGGCGUGUGUCCAUCUACGGCAAGUCCCUCGAUGAGUGGGACAAGCUUGCCAGCUGGGUUGUCGACAACAAGCUGUUCUCUCACAACGUCCGCUGGCUCGUCCAGAUUCCUCGCCUUUACGAUGUCUACAAAGCUAGUGGCGGCGUAAACACGUUUGAGGAAAUUGUCAGGAACAUCUUCGAGCCCUUGUUCGAGGUCACUAAGGAUCCCUCCAGCCACCCCAAGCUGCACAUCUUCUUGCAGAGAGUCAUUGGUUUGGACAGUGUCGACGAUGAAAGCAAGGUCGAGCGACGACUGUUUAGGAAGUUUCCCGUCCCUAAGAUCUGGGACGGCAAGCAGAACCCUCCUUACAGCUACUGGAUCUAUUACCUGUAUGCGAACAUGGCCUCGCUUAACCAUUGGCGCAAGAGGCGUGGGUUCAACACUUUUGUCCUCCGUCCCCAUUGCGGUGAAGCGGGUGACAGCGAGCAUCUUGCCGUUGCUGCUUUGUGCUGCCACAGCAUCAGCCACGGUCUUCUCUUGCGCAAGGUUCCUGUCUUGCAAUACGUCUUUUACCUUGAAAAAAUUGGUAUUGCCAUGUCGCCAUUGAGCAACAACGCGUUGUUCUUGGCAUACGAGAGAAACCCGAUGCACCAAUACUUCAAACGUGGCCUCAACGUGUCGCUCUCCACGGAUGAUCCUCUCCAGUUUGCAUUCACCAAGGAGCCGCUUAUCGAGGAGUAUGCGGUGGCGGCGCAGAUCUACAAGCUCAGCCCGGUGGAUAUGUGCGAGCUUGCAAAGAACUCUGUGAAGCAGAGUGGUUACGAGCGUUCGAUCAAGGAGCAGUGGCUGGGCAAGAACUUUGACUUGCCAGGAGCCCAGGGCAAUACCAUGGUCAAGACCAACGUGCCUGACCGCAGAGAGGAGUUCCGCUAUAGAACUCUACUUGAGGAAAGGGGAAUGGUUGAAAGAUACAAUGCCCUCGCAGCCGAAUCGGCGGCAGCUGUUGCCCAAGCAGCCCCCAAAUCUCCCGCACCGCCUGCGAAGGCUAGCAUUGGGGAGGCGAAGACAUUGCUCAACACCAGCACUUUGCAGCCCGCUCCGCACGGGGGAACCGACUCCCUUUCACAGUCCCAGACCCUUCCCAGCCCCAUGCAGCAGUCGCCUCAGCUGGGACUCCCCAGUGCCGCCCUCGAAGGAACAGGAACCGCCACUGGCCUCACCGACUCGAUGAGGGAGCUGCAUCUCCCCGAGCAUGAACCUAGGUAUUUCCCCGGGGUGAUGUCGCGCAGCCAGGGGCGCAAGACCAGCACCCGACAGAGUUCGUUGCAUGAGAGCGAUGCCAAGCCGUAGGUGGCUGACAUCACCU